GAAGGCCGAAAAGCAGAGUAGUAAGCAGACGACUUCCUGACACCCUACAUUUGCUGAAUUCUUGAAAAACAAACCAAAAAAACUUGUCCUAAUUUCAGUUACAAACAUUUAACCACCCAAAAGAACCCACCUUUCCACACAUACAUAACUCCCUUCUCACUUCUCUCUCUCUCUCCAUGAGGCUGAGAGCCUAAAUGCAUAACCACUGCUCUUUCAUAAACUACUCAGAUGGUGGUUGAAGAGUGCUCCGGCGGCCGCACCGUGGUGGUUGGUGUCAAGCUCGACUCAUACAGCAGAGAGCUUCUCACGUGGGCCCUCGUUAAUGUCGCUCACGCCGGUGAUCGCGUCAUCGCCCUUCAUGUCCUCAAAAACAACGAAAUUGUUGAUCGUGAUGGAAAGUCAUCCCUUCUCUCCCUGGUUAAAGCCUUUGAUUCGAUUCUUGAAGUUUACGAAGGAUUCUGUAAUUUAAAGCAGGUUGAUCUCAAACUAAAGAUAUGCAGAGGUUCAUCGAUUCAAAAAAUUCUCGUUCGUGAAGCUAAAUCUUACUAUGCAUCCGAUGUUAUAGUAGGAACGGCUCAGGAACAUCACACGGCUCGUUCUUCAGCAUCUGUAGCUAAAUACUGUGCGAAGAAACUGUCAAAGGAAUGCUCUGUGUUGGCUGUUAACAAUGGCAAGAUUGUGUUUCACCGUGAAUCCAGUUUCGUGUCUCGUGUUUGUGUCAAAGAGCUCGAACACAAUCGUAGAAAUGGUUUACUUACUGCUCUGCAAAGAUCAUUCAGCAAGAACAUCAAAGUGCUCAACGAAGGUGGUGAUCCUAUUAGGCCAAUGCUGGCAUGGGGAGAAGGUGGCUGUGGUAAACCAGACUCCGUUGAGCGGAAAUGCUCGAUUUGCACGCCAGAUUCGGUGACAUGGCAUGAGUCGUGCAAGGGGCCAGCUGAGGAGCCUUCGAAGGAUGAAGGUAAGAGGGAGAGGGAUUCUUCGAUGGCGAUUGUUCCAGUGAAGAAGGCUGAGGUUGUUGCAUCUGGCUCGGUCUCAUUCUUGUUGAGGGGAUUGUCUGAGGUGAAGCCUGGUUGGCCACUUCUUCGUCGUGCCAUGGUUUGUAACACCAGUUCUUCGCAGAUUCAGCAAGUGAGGCAGAUCUCCGUGGUUCAGUGGGCAUUGAGACUACCGAGUAGAUAUUGUUUGUAUAUCGAGAACCUGUCUAGGAAAGACUGUGACUCCUCAAAUCAUGAACUAGAUGGAGAAACUGGUGCAAUUGUUCCUGUUGGGAAUGAGGCCGCGCCUGUUCCAUCGAGCUCAAGGUCCUUGCCGGAGGAGCUGGAGGGCCUUCACGAGAAGUACUCCGCCACGUGUCGACUGUUCAAGUUCAGGGAGCUUGAACUAGCUACCUCCAACUUCAGACAAGGGAAUAUGAUAGGUAAAGGAGGCAGUAGUCAGGUCUAUCGAGGUUGCCUUCCCGACGGGAAGGAGCUUGCCGUGAAGAUCCUGAAGCCAUCUGAGAAUGCUUUGAAGGAGUUUGUCCUAGAAAUCGAGAUCAUCACCGCGAUACAUCACAAAAACAUCAUCUCACUCUUUGGAUUCUGUUUUGAGGACAAUCAGCUUCUCUUGGUGUAUGAUUUCCUAUCAAGAGGAAGCCUUGAAGAAAAUCUUCAUGGCGAUAAAAAGGAUCCACUCUCGUUCAGGUGGAACGAGAGAUACAGGGUCGCUAUAGGCGUUGCUGAGGCUUUGGAUUAUCUCCACAGCAGAGAAGGGAAGCCUGUGAUCCACAGGGAUGUUAAGUCAUCAAACAUACUCCUAUUCGAUGAUUUCGAGUCUCAGCUUUCAGAUUUUGGGCUUGCUAAAUGGGCAUCACCGAAUUCGACUCACAUAACAUGCACAGACGUUGCUGGCACUUUCGGAUAUUUGGCUCCUGAGUAUUUCAUGUAUGGGAAGGUAAACGAGAAGGUAGACGUCUACGCCUAUGGAGUAGUUCUUCUCGAGCUUCUCUCGGGGAGGAAACCGAUAAGCAGCAACUGUCAAAAAGGACAAGAGAGCCUUGUUAUGUGGGCAAAGCCGAUUCUAACCUCGGAUAAGUUCACUACGUUGCUCGAUCCAAACCUAGGAAGCAACUAUGAUCAUGAUCAAGUGGAGAGGAUGCUUCUAGCUGCAUCUCUUUGCAUCAGACGUGCACCACGAGCUCGGCCCCAAAUGAGCCAAGUUUUGAAGCUUCUCCGGGGCGAUCCUGAGGUCGUGAAGUGGGCAAGGCUGCAAGUGAACGCCUCUGAGGGGCCGUCACACAUAGAAGCUAGCAACUCCGUGGAAGGGCCGGAUGCAAUAGGCGAUGAAAUCAUGUCACGGACGAACCUGCAAUCUCAUCUCAACCUUGCAAUGCUCGGUGUGGAGGAGGAUGACUCGCUCUCACUGAGCAGCAUCGAGCAUAGCGUUUCCUUGGAAGAUUAUCUACGAGGCAGGUGGAGUCGCUCUUCGAGCUUCGACUAGCCGUGUGUGUGGUUGUAUGUUGGCAUUUGUUAGUGAUGGUGAAUGUGGGGUUGGAUGAGAGGUUUGUUUGUAGGUCUGUCCUCCUCCUUCCCUUAGUAUAGCUGUGAGAGUGAAGCCAAUAAUUAGGUUUUUAUUCAGCAAAAAAUGAUGUAUUUUGGCUGUUGAAGCCUCCAAUCAAAGUGUACUUAUAUAGUGAUUACUACAUUAUAAUAAUGUUGUCAUAUUCAUGCUCUUCUUUAAA